CAGGAUGACUUCCCUCGCCGAUUUUCUGCCCAUCAACGCUAUCCCUGUCCACGCCGGCGCGUCGCCGGCAGAAAACCCCUCGAGCUCGACGCAAGUCGAUAACGCUGGAAUGGAAGUCGACAGCGAUAGCGACAGCAGCUACGACGGCAACAGCGAAGCUGAGUCCAGUAGCGACGACGACGACGACGCCUCGAUGACGUCGGAACCUCGCAACACGACGAACAAAGCCGACGACGAAGACGACACUAAGAUGAAGCUGACGACGAAGGCGACAGAACCGCGCCAUCGCAAGAACCUGGCCAACGCCACGGGAAGCAGCCAAGGUCUCCAAGAAGGCGGCCAAAGCAGCGCGGCAACAAGCAAGCAAACCCGAACAGGCUACUACCGCGACACCGACACCAACCGCUGAGCCUCGGAGCCACGCUUCGGCAGUGGGCGGGAACAAGCGAACGUCUCGCAAGCGGGAUGUCGGCUUUCACCCGCUGUCGGAAGUGGACCUUGCCACUCUCCUAGAGAAAUCGAUAUCAGGCACGUGGACGUACGGCGCAGUAGUGGACCUCGAUCCAACACCGCGCCUCGAAACGGUCGGACACUUACUGAUGCACAUCAACGUGGACAAGAUUCGCGAUCAGCUGCCGCCGAACUGGAAGUUCGUCUUGCAAGAACAGCCAGUCAUCGAAACGGUACUCUCCGCCACGCAAGUGCCAGCCAAUGUGAAGCCUCUAUUGUCGCACCUCACUCGGGUCCAUCUGGUUCCGAACACGUCCACGUUGAAGUGGGGCGUUGCGACACGCGAGGCGUUGGACGGUUUGCCAGGACUGGCCUUCGACAUCCCGGUCGCACGUGGGGUCACUGCGCGCUGCACGUUGGAGAAGGUCGGUGUCCUGGACUCUCUACUUCGACGUUCCAGCAGGCUUUCGGUCGCAUGCCGAGGAAACAGCGUUCUGUGACUUCAUCUACGCCUUAGAACCCCGUCUCUUCUACGCAACGGCCGUAACGGCCGCCGAAUCAACAGGCACGCG